AUCACCAUUAAUGAUGGGAAAAGAAAAGGAAAUCAAAAAAAGAAAAGUGGAUCGGACUCAGAGAGAAGAAUCGCCAUCAAUGGGGAAAGAGAAACAGUACUGGCUUCUGAAGACGGAGGCAGGGGAGUGGUCGUGGGAGGACCAAGCGGCGAACGGAGGGCUCAGCAAGUGGGACGGCGUGAAGAACAAGCAGGCGCAGAAGAACCUCAAGUCGAUGAGCCUCGGCGACCUCUGCUUCUUCUACCACUCCGGUGCUAGGGCCCGCCGCGUAGUCGGGGUCGUGGAGGUCACGCGCGAGUGGUACUCGGAGGGAGGGGAUGCCGUGGUGGUGGACGUGAAGGCGGUCGGGGAGAUGCGGAAGGCCGUGGAUCUGACCGAGAUGAAGGGGGAUCAAGGGCUGAAGGGCUUCGCUCUACUUCGGCAGCCGAGGUUGUCCGUCGUGCCGGUUCCGAGGGAUGUUUGGGAGAGGAUCUGUGAGUUAGGUGGUGGCUUUGAAGGAGAUGGUAAGGAGGUUGUUGAUGGUGACGAUGGAGAGGAUUAGUUUUGAAAAUCUUUUUUGUUUUUUGUCUUCCCUCUGUUUUUGAUUGGGAGAAGUCAGAAGGGGGAAAAAGAAAGGGUUUUUUGGUUUAGUUUUGUAAUCAGAGUUUUACAAGCUGAAGGUUAAUCAAGUAAUGUAAAGUUAAGAUCUUUUUUG